AUGCUGAUAUGCUGUAACUACACAUAUUUCCUUAAAGCACUAGCACUAGUUACUCGCCCGUCUGCAUCACCCCCUCUCCCCUCCUCCUCCUCCUCCCCCUCCUCCCUUGGUGACGUCAGCGGCAGCAUCCUCCUCUCUGUCCUCGCGCACACACGGAGCUCUCUCAGACCCAGAGCCAUUUUGGACCGAGCCGCAUCACUUCUCUCGACCCCGGGGACAGAGCCUCGUCUUCGGAUACACCCGACGAGCCCCGGGCGUGACGGUGGGUGUGACCAGGGACCUUAUACGUCCGCUGUCAUCCCCUGUGUUGGUUUUAUGGCGGGGGGAGGCAGCCGCUAG